GAAAUUUGUAAGCGAAAUAAAGCUUGGCUUGUGAAGGCACGAGUCUAUGCUACCUAUGCAUUCAAACAUGUCGAUACUUCUAGAAACCUUGUCCCUUUCCGAAUAGUAGAACAAGAACCAAAUUACGAUUUCGUCCUCAGACGUAUUGUCCCAUAUACACAAACGAUCACCCAGCACGAACAAAUCCCCGAGAAAUCUACUUCUACUCGCUUUGGUGCUGGUGUCGCGCGUGCAUUCGUGGAAGACUCUAACGGCGUUACAUCGACCGGUUUUCGUGCUCACUCCGAAUCCGUAGGUGACGUUCGUAGGAUAAGAAUAGAAGAAGUUUUCUUGGUUUUGAAGCUCGAGAUAUUCGCGCGUGAUCGGGUUGCAUAUGUGGAGCGUAUUAGGUUUGGUGUUCAAAUCGCGCAAAAAGAGGAGCCCAUUAGCCGAGCCUUGUAUACAUGUCUAGUGACUAAUGAACGAGUCGUGGUCGAACUCGGGAGGGAUUUAGAUAAAUGGGAAUCGGCAAAAUCGCGAGUCUCGAGUAGUUCGAGCCAUGGCUUGCAGACGAGUUUGGAGGAUAUGAUGGUUUUAAUAGGGAGUCUUGAGAAGAUGUUGAUGAUGAUUUCUGGUGGAAGGGAGUCUUGA